AUGCGGCUAACACGGCCAGCGAGCCUCUACCGGCAGCAGGCUCUCGCCUUCCGUCGACCGUAUGCAGGAGUCCGGACGCUGGAUCGAAUCCAUACGACGGCCAUGGCCCGGGUGGUAGCUUCUCCGACGGUCUCUGCGAGCACUGGCACAGACGAUCGGCCGACGGCACCAUCACUGCCGCCAUACACACGCCCGACUUCAGGCCUCCUCUCAGUGCUUCCGGCGUCCUGGGUUCCAUACGCAGAGCUGACACGCAUCGACAAGCCGACGGGAACGUACUACCUCUUCUUUCCCUGCCUCUUCUCGACGCUGAUGGCGGCACCCAUGGUACAGCCGGCUAUGGCGACGCCCGGGGCCGUGGCCGGCACGUCGCUGCUCUUCUUUGCGGGCGCCCUGAUCAUGCGCAGUGCCGGCUGCAGCAUCAAUGACCUCUGGGACCGCAACCUAGACCCGAUGGUGGCGCGCACGCGACACCGGCCGCUCGCCCGCCAGGCUAUCACGCCCUUCCGCGGUCUCGCCUUUACGGGGGCGCAGCUGCUGGCUGGCCUCGGCAUCUUGGUGCAGUUUCCGACGUCGUGCCUUUACUACGGCAUUCCUAGCCUCGCGCUCGUGGCCACGUACCCGCUGAUGAAGCGCGUCACGUACUACCCACAGUUCGUGCUCGGCCUGACCUUCUCGUGGGGCGCUAUCAUGGGCUUCCCGGCGCUCGGCGUCGACCUGCUCGCAAACAACAGCGCUCUGCUGGCCGCUGGCCUGCUGUACUCGUCCAACGUCGCUUGGACGGUGCUCUACGACAUGAUCUACGCCCACAUGGACAUCAAGGACGACGCCAAGGCCGGCAUCAAGAGCAUCGCCCUCAAGCACGACGCCCAGACCAAGUCCGUGCUGACCGGACUGGCCGUCGUGCAGGUCGGCCUCCUGGCUGCUGCAGGCAUAGCUUCGGGCGCUGGUCCGGCCUUUUUCGUCGGCAGCUGUGGCGGCGCACUCGUUUCGCUGGGCGUCAUGAUCCGUCGCGUCAACCUCAAGAGCGUCAAGGACUGCUGGUGGUGGUUUGUCAAUGGCUGCUGGCUGACGGGCGGUGUCAUCGGCAUCGGUCUCGGCGCUGACUAUCUGGUACAGUACGCUGGCCGGUAA